AUGUUUUGUUUCUUAUACAAAUUUGCAUUAAUAUCAGCAGAUUCGACUCAACUCGACACUCUUAUUGACAUUUUGAUGAUUUUUUUCUCUUAUCCAUUUGAACACCCAGAAGAAGCAUCUGAAUUACUAGAAAUAACUUUGCGCAAAACCUGCAAACCAAAUCCUAGAGUUUUAAGCGACGAAUCCAGAAAAAUUUUGUCAUCAAUUAUUGGAUGGCUAACGACCAAUACAGUUCGCAUAAACCCUCAAAUAAUGGAAAGGAUACUCGAAAUCAUAAUUCCCCUUAUCACAAAUUUGGAUUCUUACACUUUAAACAUUCUUCGAACUUUUGUCGAAUAUGCCAACAACGACGUACUCAGCCGCAUAUUUUCUGAGAUUGUACCGAAUUUUUGCGACAAAAUUGAAAAAAUUGAAUCAGAAAUGUUUUGGAUUUCAAAGGAAAAAUCUGUGCAGAUACAACAAACAUUCAUAUCUGAUGGAAGCAUAGCCAUUAUUACUAAAGAAAGUUUCAAAGAAGGUUUGAAUUUAGAAAAAAUUUCAUUUCCACCUUAUAUUGGCUUUCCGAAACCAGAAACAUACAAUGAGAUCAACUUAUUAUCCCAAGCUCUGUCGAAGUGCCCCAUGUACAUCAUUCCCUUCCUCUCAGGAAUUUUGUUUGAACUGAAAAACAGGGAAAAGUCAAAAAUAUACGGCCAAAUCUUACUUGCCCUGUUCAAUUUCAUCGAGAUACUCCGUAACCACUCCAAUUUGUCCACUCUAAUCCUUCACGACGCAAAUUUAAUUUUUUCUCCAAACAUAACAGUGUUUGAUGGUGCCACUGGUUACGAAUAUCUCAACACGUUCAGAUUCCAGGCAUUGCGGCUGAUUUUAGACGAGACACUGAUCGCAAUCAACGAAAAACUGCAGGGGAAGAUAGACACGAGGGAUGGGAUUCAGACCCCGCCAGAUGUGAAAUUGGAACUGUUGGACAAUUUCUACACAGACCAUAUGACUUCUCCGCUUCUUUUCGCCGAAAUAAAUUACAGACUGGCAAAUGACGUUGAAUACCUGGCCAAUAUCAUCAAACUCGAUUCAAGAUUUAUCAGAACUAUCCGAAACGCGCUAGAUUACUACAGAAAUGCCAAUUUAUCCGGUUUGGAAUUUCAAUACGAGAUAGAAAUAGGGAGAAAGUCGCUUUUAUAUCUUCUGAUGUCUUUGGUGGAGAACAGCAGCACAUGCAACAUCGUUUCUUCCAUGCACAUCCUUCAACAUUCCGUUCUUUUCAUGUUAUUAGAGAUUCCUUUGAGGAAUUUCGCGCUAUCCAUAUUCUCAAUGAUAUUCAAGAACUGUACAAUAGAGAACGCAUUCGCUGUUCUUGAAAAUUUUGAAAAAUUAUUUGCAAACGCGGUUAUUAACAUGAAAGAUGCGAAAUACUUAGAGCUUUUGACAGAUUUGUUGACAUUUAUGACGUAUGAAUACAAAAAGAAGCCAAAAUUGGGAGAAAUGUUUUCGAAUAUUUUAAAUAAAAUAAAGGAGAUACUAGAGAAGCUCGAACCACUUCCAUCCCACGAGAAAAUGUUUACUACAAUCAUUAUAUUCCUAACUGACAUCAUAAAUGGCGUAGAAAUCCCUUCAUCCAUCUUAUCGAACCUUUCUGUCGCUGUAAACUCUAUUUACGGAGAGAAUCCACCUGAUUCUAUCUACAGCUUGUUCAUAAAGUUCGUUAAAUGCGACCAAAAUGCUGAUUUGUCACCGAAUUUCGUUUUAAACGCUCCAAAAGUUUUCAAAUUCUUCCUUCAGAUCUUUAUUAGAACAAAAUUCGAUCAGACAAUCGAUUUCGCAUCAUCUCUAAUCAACUUCAAACGCGAAAACGCUAUCAAAAUGAGUAAUUCUGAAAUUGAUAUUUACAUUUUAUCGUUAAUACCUCAAUUUGAUGAUGUUUCAGUCACAAAAAAGCUUCUGCAGUUGUUCAAACAGAUUGCCCUUGUAGAAUCACCUCCAUUAGUCGUAAAACAUUUCAUAUCUCUGAUUUCUCCAGUGAAUGGAGUCCUAAACAAGCAUCAUUACCUACUGAUGAGGACACUAUGGGAGGUAAUAUCUGCAACGUACUGGUUAAGACCGUUCACAGGCGUUCUUGGACAUAUUUAUCAGGUAAAUUGUCUCCAGGAGGUGCAGACACUGCUAUCCAGAGGCUUCACCCUGUGCACGUGGAUCAAUUGUUUGCUGUUUUCGUCAAAAAAAGUCCAAAUUUUCGAAUUAUCUUACGAAAAUACCAGUAUUAGACUGAUUUUGGACAACCAGAACCUCAAAAUAGUCCACAAAGAUCUCAAUGCUACCAACAUCACUGACUUAAACACCAAGGUUUCGAAGAAUAUUUGGACUCAAAUUUAUAUCAACUACGAAAUCCAGCAAAACAAAGUGAUUGAAAUAUCUUAUAACAUAAACGGCGAAGAGCACAAAGAAAAUCCAUCCUACACCAUAGACCAAAUACCAGAAAAAGUGAAUAUUAAAAUUGGUUCAAAAAUUGAGAACUUUGACGGUUUGAUUGAAAUCGGAACCACUAUUUUUACAGUUUUACAGACACGGCAGAAGGCAACACUUCUGAAAACCACACCGAUAAGUCCUUAUCCGAACGGAGUGAAAGUUAUUACCGGAUAUUAUGAGAAUCCGAAACUCGAAUCCAACACGAAUCCAGACAAGAGCUCAUUCACAUACUCGCUCACGAAGCUGUGGAAGAUGGAUCUGCUGCUUCCUCUCUUCAGUCUGUUCGAAUACAAGUUAUCUGACGGGACAAACUGGGAGAACGGGCCUAGCCAGACCGUUGCCAUCUUCACCAAAGCAUUGCUGACUAAUGACUCCGUGCAGAGGAACUUCUCCGACUUCAAGAAAUUCGAUUACGUCGCGCAUUUGGUUUCGAAAUACCCAUCUAACUUCAGAAAUUUCGAAUUUUACUCUUUGUUUUACUCGAUGUUCCUUUCGUUAUCAGAAACAUCCAUCCAGCAGCAUCUGUUCGACGCAAUUCUAUGCAAUCCAAACAUAUGGAAUACAUCUGAGCCUCAGGAUCACUUAAAAAUUUUAAAUCAUUGGAAUGUGGCACUUUUCCCAAGAUGUGUCACUUUUAUUCAAAAACUUCGUCCAUUUAAGAAAUUGCUUAAUAUACUUACGCUGUACUAUUGGUUCGAAAGCGAUCCAAAUGUUUCGAUUGGCUCUCCAAACUCGAAAAGACCGAGACACCCUGAUUUAGACGUGAAAAAGUGUAGAAAAGAAAUUGGUUUCUGCAUGAUACAGGUCGCAAAUCUGUCAUUUACAAAAGAGGACUUCAUGGAAAUAUUUGAUACAUGUCAAACAGUUGUAAAUGAUACAAAACAAGUCACUUCACUUUUGAAACUUUCACGUCAACUUAUUGAAGGGAUUGCUCUAUGCCGAAAACCAGGAUUUAUCGGAGUCAGGGAUCUGUACAGCAUUCUAGAGUUAGUUUCCAGAAACAACGAAAAAAUCUCACUCGGAGUGGUCAAACUCAUUUUGACAUUCAUCAAAAAUAACUCCCUCGAAACAGUGUUCCUAUUGAAUUGCCUCGAUUCAAUAAUUUUGACUCUCCCAGCACAAAUUUUGAGUGAAAAGUUUUUCAAUACAAUUUUUCGGUUAUUAGACGAUAGAAUUGAAUUAUUAGGAUUAUUGUUUUACUAUGGAUUUUCUCAUCCAGCCUCUAACCAAAUUAUUAUAGACAAACUGUCUAAGAUCAAGGAUAUCGAGCAGUUUAAGAAGUCAAACAUUUGGUUUGUCUGGCCUAUUUUGUUUAUCACGAAACUCGACAAGAGAAACAAAGCAAAAAUGACAAGAAUUAUUGUCAGUUUUUGUAAACAGAAUUUGACGAAAUUGCUUUGUGACGUUGAUGUACUUACUAGAGCAUUUGGAGAGAACUACGACUACUUGAAGUCUUUGUUUUGCUACGAAAUAAUUUUGCUUCUCCUGACUGAAGAAAUAUCGAUGACAACUGACCAAUUGAUUCAGUUGUUUAAUUACGUUUUCACAACAAUUUUCUUCAGAUUGAACAGACCUGUUUCGAAUCAGCUGCAAAAUUCUGCAAUUUUGUCACCUUUUUCCGAAAAUUUCAAACAAUUUUCAUCUCCAAACAAGCUCAGUGCCUUCCAAGGAAUAUUCCUUACAAAACUGUUCAUGAACAUUGAUUUGCAAAACACUAAAUACUUCUUUGGAUACAGAUUUGACGAAAGGGAUAUUUGGUCUGAUUUGGGACUGGCACAAAUAACUCUGGAACUGAUAAUGAAAUUUAACGCUGCUUACUACUACAGACAUGCAUUAUUCAUGUCACAAAUGAUCGCAAAAUUCGCUAAGCCAUUGGUAGAAAAUUUCGUUAAUCAAAUAAAUUUACCUCAAAAUGACCCCUUUGUUAUCUCAAUUUUUGAUGAAAAAGUGACAUGUCCAUUGAAUUUCAUUGAUAGCGAAGUUCUCAACAAGAUUGUUCCUGUUACAGCUGCAUUGAGUGAUAUUACGAAUGAAGUGAAGAAGUCAUUUACUGACAUCUUGGAUAUUUCCGAAAACAUGAUAAAAUCAAUGGCGCAAAGAUCGGAAUUUUCCAAAUUAAAUGUUGCCAGAAACGACAUCGCUAUUUCCAACAGACAGAAGAUGAUGAAAUGGAACCAAAUCUGGUCAGAAAUGACAAGUGAAAGCUGCCCUUGGUCGUCGAUGGUCGAAAGAACAGAGAUGAGGUGGAGAAGGGAUGACACAGCUUGUUUCGCGUUUUGUCCUGUCAGAUUGAAGCAAAACAAGAAUUUCAACGACCACCUCGACGCGUCAAGACUGAGAGACUGCUCGACAUUCGUGCCUAAAAGCAGCAGCUUCCACAACAAAGAGCUCGAUGAUGAAAAUCUCAAAUUGUCAAAAACAAAAAUUUUCGGUUUUGACACAAGAACGGUUAUUAACUCAAUUUCUAACGGUUUGUUUACAGCCCAUUGCAAAUUAAUCAAGCCGAGGCAUUCCAUGAAGGGAAUAUUCACUCUCCAGCAGAAGUACAUCGAAUUAGUUUUCGACGAAUUUGACGUGACGAUUAUUCCUUUGUCAGAUGUCAAAUUUGCAUUUUUCCGGACCAUGUUUCACAAGAAGACUGCGAUAGAGAUAUUCACCCACUCAGGCGCGCCAUAUUUCAUCAAUUUCAUUGAUCUGCCAAAGAAUAUUUCUUCACUUCACAUUCUUCAGAAAAUUUCCGAAAUCAGUCCUAGAAAUUCUAUAAUCCAGACAUCUCCAUUUUUACCAUAUUUCACCUCACUUAAAUUGACAGAGAAAUGGCAUAGCGGCAACAUGUCUAAUUUUGAGUAUUUGAUGUGUUUGAACAUUUAUUCCGGGCGGAGUUUCUUAGACCAAGGCCAAUAUCCGAUCUUCCCUCUGAUUCUGGUCGACAGCACCAGCGAGAAACUCAAUUUCUCUGACGACAGAGUCUACAGGGAUCUCUCGAAACCGAUCGGAGCAUUAGAUCCGAAGAGGCUGCAGGACAUCAUCGAGGAAAUGAAGGAGAGAGACUACAUGAUGUCGACAAAGAGCUACCUGUACUCCUCAGGACCAGUUUCGAGACUGGCAAUUUGCAUUUUCUUGCUGAGAAUGGAGCCGUUCACGAGUUUGCACAUCCACCUCCAGAGCGGCAAAUUCGACAUCGCUGACAGACAACUGGCUUCGAUUCCGGAGUUAGUCAACGCCAUUUGCCACGGUCCGAAUGACUUCAGAGAGCUGAUUCCUGAGUUUUAUUUCCAGCCGGAAUUUCUUCUGAAUAUGAACCAUUUCGAUCUUGGCGUGAGAAAGGCAGGAGUUCUGGAUGACGUUCUUCUUCCGAAAUGGGCGAAAUCUCCUCUUGAAUAUGUUUAUUUGAACAGAAAAGCUCUUGAAUCCGAUUUUGUCUCAUCAAAACUCAAUGAAUGGAUCGAUCUAAUCUGGGGUUACAAACAAAAGGGAGAAGAAAGCAUCAAAGCUUUCAACACAUUCGAUCCAACUCUCUAUGAUGACACUUGGGAUGAAAGUAACCCUCUUUACGAUGAAGAGCAAUUGAAGGUGUUCCUUAAAUUAAUUGGCCAAAUUCCAUCUCAAUUAUUUAAAUCACCUCACCCGGCCAAACAAUUUCCAAUUACUCCAAAACCACAAACAAUUCCAUUCCAGAUUUUCAUGAAUUCGGAAAGAGUUGUUUAUACACACUUUUCGAAUACAGGUUUAGUUACUUUUCUCACUAAUUUUGGCAGUCUGAUUUCUGUGAAAGAGUCAAUAACUCCAGACAACAGAAUAGACUUAGUUUCCUUCUCAAAGAAAGAACUCCAAAAUACCAAACUCAUCAAAUCCCUCCAAUCAGGAGAAGUGACAGUUAAAAGUGUCGGAUUCAAGUUCAUUUUGGUUUAUUCGAAAGAGCAGAAUUCCCUGUUUCUGAUUGACAUCGAAUCAGCCAAACUGACAAGGAUUGAAUCAGCGCACUUGGCUGUUCUCAAGAUUGCGACAUCGAAUGACUGGUUCGUGACUUGCGGAAGGGAAGGCAGCUGCCACAUCUACAACGUGGAUCAGCCGAAAACAAUCCAGUUUAUGUCGCAAAGUUACAGAGAUGGAAUCACUUGCACAGCGAUUUCCGACACGUACAAAGUCUGCCUUGUCGGAACAAGAGAUAGAGCAAUCUCUGUCAUCUCUCUGACAAAUGGAAUCACCACGAGAAUCAUCGAGGUUGGCGGAGUUCCAGUCAAAGUCGCAGUGACAAAGAGCUGGGGAUUCAUCGUAGCUUUGUUCUCAGAGAGCUACAACGAAGAAGAGAGAGAUGACUUGAAAGCGCAAAAGAUAUCUGUGUGGACAAUCAACGGAAUGCACGUGAAGACAGUUCCAAUCAUGUUCGACGCAAUUGAUUGGACUCUAUGGAGCAGCAAUAGAGGAUUUGACUACAUAGCUUUCGCUUUGAGGAACGGAAUGAUACAAAUUGCAGAAGUUUUUGACUUGGAUUUCAAACUGUACCAAUCUUACUUGAAAGUCCAGAACCAGGAUUUGGAACUCAGCGGAUUCUUUUAUUCCCCUGUUUCACAUUCACUUAUUUGCAUAGAUAAACAAGGAAGAGUUUGCUACACUCCUUACACUCCUCCUUCUUGGUAA